UAUUCCAAAACCGGAGAGGGAAUCUCCGAGAUUGAACCAGUAAGAUUCUUAUUUCUCUGAAUCUUCUCUUCAUCCACAGAGAGAGAGAGAGAGAGAGAGAGAGAUGGAGAGGACGCUUCAAUGGAGAUUCAUUCCUCUUCUCGCUCUCAUUGCCUGUUUUCUCGCUGUCUUGUUCUCUCCGCGUUCUUACCAGAUAACGUUGGACAGGAAGUGUGGUCUUCUUCCUCACGGCCAUUACUGGAUCUCUAGCAAACGCAUCGUCACACCAGAAGGGCUCAUCUCCGGCGCUGUGGAGGUGAAAGGAGGGAUUAUCGCCUCGGUGGUGAAGGAAGAGAAUUGGAACCAGAGGAAGAGUUUGGUGGAAGUGAUCGACUAUGGAGAAGCUGUUAUCAUGCCUGGUCUCGUUGAUGUGCAUGCUCAUCUCGAUGAUCCGGGAAAAACAGAAUGGGAAGGAUUUCCGACAGGAACAAAAGCCGCUGCUGCAGGUGGAAUCACUACUUUGAUCGACAUGCCCUUAAACAGCUUCCCAUCAACCGUAUCUCCAGAAACUCUGAAACUAAAGGUUGAAGCUGCAAGAAAGAGAAUACAUGUUGACGUUGGUUUCUGGGGAGGUUUGGUCCCUGAUAAUGCACUCAAUUCAACUGCCCUUGAAUCUCUCUUGGAUGCUGGUGUUCUUGGACUGAAGUCCUUUAUGUGUCCUUCGGGAAUCAACGAUUUCCCGAUGACGAACAUCAGUCAUAUAAAGAAAGGCGUUUCUGUUUUGGCGAAAUACCGACGCCCGCUUCUUGUACACGCUGAGAUCGAACAAGAAUCUGAGAUCGAAGAUGGUUCAGACAUCGACCCUCGUUCUUAUCUGACUUAUCUGAAAACGAGGCCGGCUUCAUGGGAAGAAGCAGCAAUCAGAGAGCUUCUAUCGGUUACAGAAGAUACGAGGAUCGGUGGUCCUGCUGAAGGUGCUCAUGUUCAUAUCGUACAUUUAUCCGACGCUGAAUCUUCCUUGGCUUUGCUAAAGGAAGCAAAGGACAGAGGGGACAGUGUAAGCAUCGAGACGUGUCCGCAUUACUUAGCCUUUGCGUCCGAAGAGAUUCCGGAGGGCGAUACUCGUUUCAAAUGUGCUCCACCGAUACGUGAUUCAGCCAACCGAGACAAGCUAUGGAAAGCUCUUCUGGACGGAGACAUCGAUAUGUUGAGCUCUGACCACUCACCUACCGUCCCUGAACUCAAGCUCCUCGCUGAUGGCAACUUCUUAAAAGCAUGGGGCGGCAUUUCAUCGUUACAGUUUGUUCUUCCCGUGACGUGGUCAUACGGAAGGAUGCAUGGAGUGACUUUCGAGCAGAUGGCCUCGUGGUGGAGCGAGCGACCUUCGCAACUCGCUGGAUUACGUCACAAGGGAGAGAUUUCGGUUGGGAAACAUGCGGAUAUAGUUGUGUGGGAACCCGAAGUCGAGUUUGAUAUCGACGAUGAUCAUCCCGUGUACUUAAAGCAUCCAAGUAUAUCAGCGUAUAUGGGAAGAAGGCUAUCAGGGAAAGUGGUGUCGACGUUUGUGAGAGGAAACCUCGUCUAUGAUGGAGGAGAAGAAGGCAAACACUCCUCUGAUGGUUGUGGCUCUCUUAUAUUCGCCAAUUGAGAGCGAAAACUGUCUCUGCUAAUUAGGUCAAUAACUGUAAAUAACAUUCAUGGCCACUCAUCGUUGACACUUUCUUCUUCUUCUCGUUCUCGUGUACACCAGGAAAAACAUAACACUUUUUUUACAUGAAAAGACGAAAUUACCUUUAAUGAAUACGCGAUUUUUAUC